AUGUGGAGAUGUAGCACGAGAAAUGCAUUUCAACCAUGGAGAAUAUUACAAUGCCACCAUCGCUUUGGUAUGAAUCCGAAACUAAUUCGUUCUACUAAUCAACUUCAAAUUGUUCUCGACAAUGAUCAACAAUCAUUGAUUAAAAAUAAAAGUGAAGCAAUACCAUCAGACUCUAGAUCAUUGAAUCAUCUUGAAAAUAAUAAUUCAACUUUGACAGGUAAACAAUGGACCGUUUUUUCAAAUAAAAUUUAUCAAUAUCACCAAAAAAAACUUCAUCCAUAA